AUGGCGCCCAAGGAAGAGGAUCUACGGGCUCUGAACGAGCUGAUCUCGUCGACUCUGGCACUGCUUCGACAGUUUGGAUCUUCGCUGAGUGAAGAUAAAACAGCGACUCCAGCAAUUCCCAACCCACCGAAUCCACUGGAUAUUGUGCGAGAUGCUGCGAAACUCCUUAAAGCGCAUACCACCAAACUCUCUCUCCUGGGUAUCAACAAACCCUUCACACCGACCGCUAUCGCCGGAGUCCUGCGGGAGUUGAGUGGCACAUGUCUUCCUGCAAUGAUGAGCGUCGUCCAAAUAUGCGAAGUCGAGAAAGCCUCUUGGGGUACCCAGAUGACCGGUGAAGUACACAGACGCGUACGUCGGGUAUUUCGUGAGGUGCAGAACUUGUUGGAGGAGCUGCAAUCUAUUGCCAGUGGGAAUGAGCCUGGCGGGAGUCGAAGGGAUUGUCUCAGUUCCACAGGUGUCGUAUGGGAGGCUUGUGAUGCGCUGAUCGAGCUGGAGCAAAUGGGCAUUGCUGGCUUGGCGGUACAAAAGGCGGAACAGUAUCGCGAUUCGAUCAAGGACGCAAUCGAGGAGCUGCAGGAAUGGAAGGAAGGCACGAAUCUAGACACAGAGGGACACGAUGAUGAGCUAUUGGACAGCGGAGACGAGGGUGUGGAUGGAGACACGGAUAGUCUGGAUGAUUUGUUCAAUGCUGCAAACAGCAUGCCGCAGGAUCGCCCAGAGUUGAAAAAGCUUGUGGAAAGCGCUGAGGCAAGGCUGAAGAAGAUUGUGCUUUUGUACACGGCACUUGUCAAGAGACGAUUCAAGACGUUCAAAGGCGGAGACAACAUGCAGGUUGCGGCGUUGGACAAAGUAGCAACGCAGCUGUAUGUCGUUCAGACCGACAUCGACGAUACGAUUGCCUCGUUUUACGACCUGGAUGAAGAUAGCGUCAAGGAAGGACUUGAGAAAUGUACAAAGGAAGCACGAAUUGCGUGUGAGUCGGUUAGACUUGGCUGGGACGGCAAAGAGGACGAGUUCACGGCUUGGAGCAAAAAGUGGGAAGAGGCUGUAUCUUGA